AUGCAGGAUGUCCGUGAAGCCUUUAAGCAGACAGUGGGCGAAACCAUCCGUAGCGAUGAGCUCGCCUCUGUGCUGCAGACCUGCGGGGUCGAUGCUGCCUCGGUGGAGUUUCUGCUCCAACAAGCCCAACGCUUCACUGAGAACGAGGUUGUCAGCGUGAGCGCCUUCUGCGACUCGCUUCUCCAGGCUCCACGGACACUUUCCUUAGGCAAGUCCGUGGCUCAGGUGAGUGGCGUGGAGACCUGGAAUGCGCACGAUGACGACCUGAAGCAGAUUGCUGCGAUGUUAAGCGGCAUGUGUAAGGCCAACACAGUGCCGGAGGCACUCAAAGAGGUGCACGCACUCCUUUCGCUCGGCCAUGACUUGUGGACAUACGCCUACAUGCGAAAGCUUUAUGACCGCAGCCCCGACCUCUUCUACGCUACCAUCGCAGAAGAGCCGGCCAAGCUGCUACCCGCAGUGUACACACCCACAGUUGGUGAGGCUUGUCAGAAGUUUGGCAAGAUGCCGCAAUACCGCCGCGGCUGCUACCUUUGCAUAUCCGACCGCGGUUACUUCAAAGAAGUGCUGCGUGAGUAUGCCGAGGCAGAGCUUGAGAAGGACGCCGAGGGCAAGUACCUCUGCGACUGCAUCGUUUUCUCCGAUGGCGGCCGCAUCCUUGGAUUGGGUGACUUGGGUGCAUGGGGUAUGGGCAUUCCUAUCGGCAAGCUGGACCUCUACACUGUGUGCGCGGGCUUCAACCCCUCCCGAACAAUCCCGCUGAUUAUUGAUGCCGGAUGCUCGGGACCGGAGGGCAACACUGACCGCCUGGUCAUCCGGGACAAUCCCCUCUACACGGGCAUGAAGCAGGGCCGUGUGACACAUAAGUCCCCGCAGGGAACGAUUGUGAACACAGCAUAUUAUGGGGAGGGGAAUGUCAUUGAAGAGUUCAUGAAAGCUGCCACUGAGCUCUUUGGUCAGAAGUGUCUACUUCAGUUUGAGGACUUCAACUCCAACGAUGCCUUCCCAUUGCUGGCAGAGUAUCGCAACAAGUUCUUGACUUACAACGAUGACAUCCAGGGCACUGCGGCGGUUGCACUGGCCGCCCUCCUAGGGUCGAUGAAGCUCCGCGACCCCACCUGCAACGUGCGCGAGGCGCUCUUAAAACAGACGUUCCUGUUUCAUGGUGCUGGCUCUGCCAACAUUGGCCUGAUGAAGCUGUUGAACGAAGAGGCUGGGGUGCCUCUGUCUUCCAUCUUCGUUACCAACUCUCGCGGCCUGAUAUGGCGCUCUGAGGACGGAACCCACGGCAGCUUCCGUAACGGGGAGCAAAAGGCCUUUGCCCAGGUUGGCGAACCUGUGUUCGAUUCCAAAAACCUGGCCACCUUGGUGGAGAAUGUGAAGCCCACCUGCGUGGUGGGGGCUGUGGGCGUUUCUCCAAACUGCUUUACGAAGGCGAUGAUCGAGGCCCUCUUGGCCAUCUCGAAGAGGCCUGUGGUUUUCGCCCUUUCCAACCCCAAGACUCAGGCAGAAAUCACAGCCAGCGAUGCCUACGAGUGGUCCAAGGGCAAGGUGAUCUUCGGCUCUGGAACCUGGUUCGCCCCGGUAGAGCAGGACGGAAAGACAUUUGCACCAGGACAGGUAAACAACGUCUAUAUCUUCCCAGGCAUGUCCUUCGGCGCUGUCUGCUGCCAGGCCUCCAGCAUCCCCGAGCGGCUCUUCCUCGCGGCAGCUGAGGCAGUGGCCAACAGCUUGGGGGAUGAGGAAAUGGCCCUGGACAUGGUGGUCCCCAAGCGAGACCGCAUCCAGGAAGUUUCCCUCAACGUGGCGUCGGCUGUAGUCUUGGAGGCACAGUCCAUGGGCCUUGCAGGCCGCACCCUCGGGGCUGAUUGGGCCACCGUGAAGUCUGCUUUAGACGGCAUGCGGUGGAAGCCGCAGCCGUGA